UCUGCCGGGCGCGGCGGGAAGUGGGUGCGGAGUGACAGCGGGAGCCCGGGCGCCGGGCGCGGGGAUCGGUGACAGCAGAGACGGCGGCGGCCGCGGGUUGGACGUAGGGAGCGGCGGCGGCGCCGACGGCAGCGGGAAGGGCGGACGGGGCGGGCCUCCCUGGUGGCGCGGAGCCGGAGAGCCCGGGAGGGGGCGGCAGGCACAGCUCGCGGGCCGGACACCUGAACUUGGGACAAGUUGCCGGAGCCGCGGGGCGCGGGCGGCGGACGGAUUGACCUUCAGAGCUAGGGAGCCAGCUCCGGCAGCCGCCAUGGCGUCGCGCAUCGGGCUGCGCAUGCAGCUCAUGCGGGAGCAGGCGCAGCAGGAGGAGCAGCGGGAGCGCAUGCAGCAGCAGGCCGUCAUGCAUUACAUGCAGCAGCAGCAGCAACAGCAGCAGCAGCAGCUGGGGGGACCACCUACCCCGGCCAUCAACACGCCUGUCCACUUCCAGUCUCCGCCACCGGUGCCCGGGGAGGUGCUGAAGGUGCAGUCCUACCUGGAGAACCCCACCUCCUACCACCUGCAGCAGUCCCGGGACCAGAAGGUGCGGGAGUACAUGUCCGAGACCUACGGGAACAAGUUCGCUGCGCACAUCAGCCCGGCCCAGGGCUCCCCGAAGCCCCUGCCCGCCGCCUCCCCAGGGGUGCGGCCAGGCCACGUGCUGUCCUCCUCCGCUGGCAACAGCGCCCCCAACAGCCCUAUGGCCAUGCUGCACAUCGGCUCCAACCCGGAGAGGGAGUUUGAUGUCAUCGACAACAUUAUGUGUCUGGACAAUGUCCUGGGCUUCAUCAAUCCUGAAACUCAGAUGCCCAACACGCUGCCCCUGUCCAGCAGCCACCUGAACGUAUACAGUGGUGACCCCCAGGUCACAGCCUCCCUGGUGGGCGUCACCAGCAGCUCCUGCCCCGCGGACCUGACCCAGAAGCGAGAGCUUACAGAUGCUGAGAGCAGGGCCCUGGCCAAGGAGCGGCAGAAGAAAGACAAUCACAACCUGAUUGAAAGGAGGCGGAGGUUCAACAUCAACGACCGCAUCAAGGAGUUAGGAAUGCUGAUCCCCAAGGCCAACGACCUGGACGUGCGCUGGAACAAGGGCACCAUCCUCAAGGCCUCUGUUGAUUACAUCCGGCGGAUGCAGAAGGACCUGCAGAAGUCCCGGGAGCUUGAGAACCACUCUCGGCGCCUGGAGAUGACCAACAAGCAGCUCUGGCUCCGCAUCCAGGAGCUGGAGAUGCAGGCUCGAGUGCAUGGCCUCCCCACCACCUCUCCAUCGGGCAUGAACAUGGCCGAGCUGGCCCAGCAGGUGGUGAAGCAGGAGCUGCCCAGCGAGGAGGGCCCAGGGGAGGCCCUGCUGCUGGGGGCCGAGGUCCCCGACCCUGAGCCACUGCCGGCUCUGCCCCCCCAGGCCCCGCUGCCCCCACCAGCCCAGCCACCCCAGCCACCGUCCUCAUUCCACCACCUGGACUUCAGCCACAGCCUGAGCUUUGGGGACGGGGGCGAUGAAGGGCCCCCAGGCUACCCCGAACCUCUGGGGCCAGAGCAUGGCUCCCUGUUCCCCAACCUGUCCAAGAAGGAUCUGGACCUCAUGCUCCUGGAUGACUCACUGCUUCCACUGGCCUCUGACCCCCUCUUCUCCACCAUGUCCCCUGAGGCCUCCAAGGCCAGCAGCCGCCGGAGCAGCUUCAGCAUGGAGGAGGGCGAUGUGCUGUGACCCUGGCUAUCCCCACGUCGGGGAACAGGGGCAGGCCUGGGGGCUGGGAGGGCAGGGCCACCUCCCUCCCACCCUUCAGGCUGCACUUGUGUGUGAAGUAGCCACCUGCCCUGCCUCACUCCUCCCCGCCGGCCCCCUGUUUGGACUUAGUGCCUGCUUGGCAGCCCGUGGGGUCAGGAGAAGCCCCCCACCUGGCUCAGUACUCCCCAGGGGCAGCCCUCUGGAUGGGCUGGGCAGGAACAGGCCUUCAACCCAGCUCCCAGAGGUGAAAUCAGGCGGAGAAGGGAGGGGACAGGGUGUGCUAGAGGUGAGAAGAGGCCCUGGGAGGGUUCUGUCUUCUGAGCCUGACCCCCCCACCCCCCACCGAUGAAGGAGGACAUGUUGGAGCAGGGGGUUCAGAAAGCUCCUUCUCCGAGGCAGCGACUGGUCCCGGGGGUGCCCAGGCCUGCCUUGCUGGACUCAGAUGGCAACAAGCCCAUCCUCCGGCCUCGCACUCCCCCCUCAUACAGGUGGGGCACUCCCACCCCCCUUUGGUGCUAACAGCUCUCCACCAGGCGGUGUGAGGGUAGGGGGUGGCCGGAAGAGGGGGCGCUGGGUUCAGGUUAGAGUGUGGGGUGCCUGCUGGACGAGCAGCUCCCCUCCAGGAUCCCCACUUUGUGCCUUUAGUAAACACUGUGCUUUGUA